UUGUUCUAUAAAUUCCACCCCCAAUACUCUUACAGACCUCUUCCUCUUUGCUUUCUUCUCCUUGUCUUUCUUUAGCAUCGCUCUUGCGCAUAUCCUGGUCUAUUUCUCAAAUCUCUGAAGAAGCUCUGUCUAUCUUCCACUUUUUGAGAUUGUGAUUUUCUUAGUCCAAGAUCAAGUACUUAUUCUCAAGUUGGUUUUUUUUUGGGUUCAAAAUCCACAACUCAUCUUUGAUCAAAAACCUGUUGAUUUCUUUUACUGAUCCUUUUGUUCCUCAAAAAUCUCAGAAAAAAUUUCAACUUUUUCAUGCUGGGUAGGAGUUUUUGAGUCUAUUGCAAAAACCCAAGUUCCAAUUUUUAUCAAAUAUUAUUGGUUCUUAAACAAGAUUAUCUUCAUGCUCAACUUGUUGUUCUUGAUGUUUGAGAUUCAUGUCUCCAAUUCUCAGUGAGAUUCUCCUUUCUGGGUGUAUGAUAAAUUCCACAUUCAGGCGCAGGACACACUUAGUUCAAUCCUUCUCAGUCGUGUUCCUUUACUGGUUGUACUACGUUUCAUGAUCUUUGCCAAUCUCUGAUAAAUUAGGGUAUAUUAUUAUUAUUAUUAUUAUAUUAGCUAUAUUACUAUUAUCUGCUAUCUUAGUGUAAUUUAGUAUCUGGGUCCUGGUAAGUAAUCUCUCUCUUAGACUACUCUUAUUGUGAAAAAAGCUACAAACUUUGCUGUGGUUUCAACAUGGCUUCCUCCAGUGGAACAUCUUCAGGGUCAUCUCAGCUUCAAAACUCAGGUUCUGAGGAAGACUUGCAAGCUUUGAUGGAUCAGAGGAAGAGGAAGAGAAUGAUAUCAAAUAGAGAAUCAGCAAGGCGAUCUCGAAUGAGGAAGCAAAAGCAUUUGGAUGAUCUGGUGGCUCAGGUGGCUCAGCUCAGGAAAGAGAACCAGCAGAUCAUUCAAAGUGUGACUAACACCACGCAGCAUUACAUGAAUAUUGAGACUGAAAACUCAAUACUGAGAGCUCAAGCCAGUGAGCUUAGCCACAGACUACAGGCUCUGAAUGAUAUUAUCAAUUUCCUGAAUGCAAACACUGGUGUUUUUGGAGCUGCUGGUGUUGGGGACUCGAGCACCUUCAGUACUGAGCCUAUUGAUAGCUUUAUGAACCCAAUGAGUUUGUCAUACUUGAACCAGCCUAUUAUGGCUACUUCAGACAUUUUCAAUCCGUACUAGUCUCAAUGGGCUUCUUGGUUGUAAAAUAGAGCAAAAGAGAGGGAUUUUAUGUUAGUUUUAUUUAGUGCUUAAGCCUAUUUGGUAAGAAAUAUCACUAUGUGGGGGUGUGGUUAAGGAAUAAACACUAGAUUAAUGUGUUAGUGCAGCUUGAAGCUAUUAUGGCCUUUUAGUACUUGGUCUGUAAAUGGUGGCUGUUAUUGUUGUGUUAUUGUACUUGGGUUGUUCUUUUCUCUUUUUUUAAGUUGAGAUUGUAGUAGUUGGUUGCUGUAAGCUUUAUUUUAUAAUAAUAGUGUGCAAGUUUUUGUCAUAA